UACCCAACUAACCACCCGGUUUUGUAAUUUCUUUUGCAACAGGGUCCAAUGGAAAUGAUCAUAACUUGACAAUUUAACAGAAUUCGAUCUCGCUCCUCCAAAAAGUUCAAACAAAACAGAAAGCCAUUUCGCCGCCUCGGCGGAGGUUCGAAUCUCACAUCUGUCACGUUCACAAAACAUGUCAGGGGAGACCUAGGCUCGAAUCCCAGAUACCAAUUUCAUUUAUUUUGAUCCCUUUACCGAUCAGACCGCAAUGGACGCCAUAUUUGCACAGAUCCAGUCGGAUCUCCGUUCGAACGACGGGCUGCGUCAAGCGGGAGCCCUCCUGCAGGCCUUGCAACACUCGGCAGCUGGCAGAGAUAUCUCGUCUGUUUCAAAAUGCGCCUGCGACGAAAUCAUCGCAUCACCUGCCUCAGCCGUCUGCAAAAAGCUCGCCUUCGACCUCAUCCGCUGCACGCGCCUCACUGCUGACCAGUGGGAAAUAGUAUGCAAAGGCAUAAAAAAUGACUUUGAUUUUCCUGAUCCUGACGUGACAGCUGCCGGGGUAUCCUUUCUGUCCGCGAUUCCCUCCUACAGGCUCGGCAAGCUCAUCACAGACUGUAGCAAAGAGAUCACCAACUGCCUUGUAUCUGAAAGCGACAAGCUUCGUUACGCAAUUACUGAAACCCUAGGAUCAAUUCUCGCCCGGGACGAUCUUGUAACUCUUUGUGAAAGUAAUGUUAAUUUAUUGGACAAAGUAAGCUCCUGGUGGAAGCAAAUUGGCAACAAUAUGCUGGAUUCCUCUGAUGCGGUCUCCACGGUCGCCUUUGAAGCCAUAGGAAGGCUAUUUCAGGAAUUCAAUUCCAAGAGAAUGAGCCGUUUGGCAGGGGAUAAGCUUAUUCCGAGUGAAAAUUCUUUGGCAAUUCGAUCAAAUUGGGUUAUUGCCACAGCCAAUUUUGUUUGGAGCGGACGUAAUUUGCUUAUAGCCAGGUCUUUAGUGCUUCCUGUGGAGAGCUUUAGGGUUACGGUAUACCCUCUGGUUUAUGCAUCCAAGACAGUGGCAUCUGGGGUUAUUAAGGACCUGAAGAAGCUUUCUGGGAACGGCAGGGGCAAUGAUGGAAGCCCUAUGGGUCCUUCCGAGUUUGAUAAUGCAGAGAUAAUGGUUGGAGUAUCGGAUGUGGUUUCGCACCUUGUACCAUUUUUGAAUUCGUUGGAUCCAGCGUUGGUUUUUGAGGUGGGGAUCAAUUUACUUUCGUUGGCAGAUGUCCCUGGAGGGAAGCCAGAGUGGGCUUUUGGGUCAAUUACAGCAAUCCUUACACUUUGGGAUCGGAUGGAGUUUUCUGCAGCGCGAGAGAGCAUUGUAAGGGCUGUGGCUACCAAUCUGCAGUUGCUGGACAUUCAUGUGCAGGUUUCUCUUUUUAGAAGAUUGCUUCUUAUGGUCAGAAAUUUAAGAGCAGAAUCAGAUCGAAUGCAUGCUCUUGCUUGUAUUUGUCGGACAGCUCUUUGUGUUGAUCUUUUUGCUAAGGAGAGCGUACGUAGAGGGCAAAAACCACAUGCUGGAACUGAUAUUACUUCACUUUUUGAAGAACGGAGGAUUAAAGAGGAUUUAAACAAUGUCAUGAGUAAUAGUUUGUUUCGAGAAGAAUUGGUGGCUUCUCUAGUUGAAAGCUGUUUUCAGUUGUCCCUUCCUCUUCCUACACAGAAAAAUUUGGGCACUGAAAGCAGAGUGAUUGGAGCAUUGGCUUAUGGCACAGGUUAUGGGGCAAUGAACUGGACAGAAUCUGCAUUGGAGGUUGUGGAAAUUUGUAGGCCUUGUGUGAAAUGGGAUUGUGAAGGAAGAACAUAUGCAAUGGACUGUUAUUUGAAAUUACUCGUGAGGUUGUGCCAUAUUUAUGAUACCAGGGGAGGUGUUAAGAAGGUUAAGGAUGGAGCUUCACAGGAUCAAAUUCUGAAUGAAACACGACUGCGUACUUUGCAACAGCAGCUUGUCAAAGACUUAUCUGAGGUAAAUACUCCAAGAAUGUGUGCUCGCUUGAUCUGGGCCCUGGCAGAGCAUUUUGACUUAAUUGGUUUGGAUCCAUUGCUUGCGGAUGAUCCUGAAGAUCCUUUAAAUAUUAUCAUUUCAAAUAUGCACAAGGUAUUGUUCACUGUAGAUUCUUCAGCUCCCACAGCUACAAAUAGGCUUCAGGAUGUUCAAGCAGUUCUUCAAUGUGCUCAACAUUUGGGAUCACGAUAUCCAAGGGCAGCUCAACUUCUGACCAAGGAGUUGGAAGAUUUCCGGAGCAGCAAUUUGGCCGAUUCUGUAAACAAACAUCAAUGCCGCCUUAUAUUGCAGAUGAUAAAGUACAUUACAAGUCAUCCCCAGGAUAGAUGGGCAGGUGCUACUGACGCUAGAGGAGACUAUCCAUUUAGCCAUCACAAGCUUACAGUUCAAUAUUCUGAAACUACUACAGCACAAGACAGGAAACUAGAAGGCUUGGUCCGUACAGCAAUUCAAGAGCUUUGGAGGCCACCACCUAGUGAGUUGACUCUCCUUUUGACAAAGGGAAUUGAUUCAGCUCACUUGAAGGCCCCACCUUCUGCAUGCACUCUAUCUGGAAGCAGUGAUCCAUGCUAUGUUGAAGCUUACCACCUAACAGAUGCAAAUGAUGGAAGAUUAACGUUGCAUUUGAAGGUUCUAAAUCUGAUAGAGCAAGAGCUGAACAGAGUGGAUAUACGAGUUGGGUUAACUGGUUCACUGCAUUUUAUGGAUGGAUCACCCCAGGCUGUCCGCCAACUGCAGCAUCUUGUUUCUCAGGAUCCUGUAAUGUGCAGUGUAACUUUAGGUGUAUCACAGUUUGAGCGGUGUGCCCUUUGGGUACAAGUUCUUUAUUAUCCUUUCCAUGGAACUGCAAGUAUUGGAGAUUUUGAUGAUGGAGACUUUGUGGAGGAUGAUCCUACACAUGUUAUGCGACAUAGGAAGACCUCAAGACCAGACAUUGGAGAACCUGUGAUUUUAAGGUGUCAGCCUUAUAAAAUACCACUAACCGAAUUACUUUUACCACACAAAUGCUCACCUGUUGAGUAUUUCCGUAUAUGGCCAAGCCUUCCAGCAAUACUGGAGUUUUCUGGUGUCUACACAUAUGAAGGCAGUGGUUUCAGGGCAACUGCUGCUCUUGAGAGUGACACUCCACCAUUCCUCAGUGGUUUAAAGUCCCUUCCAUCAAAGCCUUUUCAACUUGUGUGUUCUCAUAUUCUUCGAACUGUAGCAGGAUUUCAGCUAUGCUAUUCUGCAAAGACAUGGCAUGGAGGAUUCUUGGGCAUGAUGAUCUUUGGUGCAAGCGAAGUGAGUUUGAAUGUUGAUUUUGGUGAUGAGACCACCACAAUGAUAUGCAAGUUUGUUCUUCGAGCAUCUGAAGCAUCUAUGGUGAAUGAGAUUGGCGCUGAUUUGCAAGACUGGUUAGAUGAUCUUACAGAUGGAGCAGUGGAAUACAUGGCAGAGGAGGAAGUAAAGGAAGCGGCUGCUGAGAGGCUGAGACGAUCGAUGGAGCAAAUAGCCAUUCUAAAAGCAGCCAAGCCACCCCCGCAACCUCCCAAGGAAGAAGAAGAGAACACUGACAAGGUUGAAGAGAAACCUAAAGAACCUUCAACUCUAAUGACAUUGACUGCAGAGGAGGCUGAGCAUCGUGCAUUGCAGGCAGCAGUAUUAGAAGAAUGGCAAAUGUUCCGCAUAGAUAAACUAACAAAAGUGAAUUGAUUGACAUUUGGCCGUUUCCCAUGAAAUGUGAUUUUUUCUAUUUUUUUUUUGUAUAUAGGGAUUCAUUAUUCAUUUUUGAGGAAUGUAAUUUAUCCAUAAGAGUUAUUUUUCACCUUAAUUUUUUUUAUCAUUGGCGAACUGGUGCUGAAUUAUUGUUUCAGCUUUCAGUAACCAUUACCAAUGGUUUAAAUUUUGUGUGAGAUAUUAAAACAUGUCGGCUGUUCUUUUAUUCCUUGUCUGGUUUUUCAUAAUUAAAUUCAGGUUGUUUUGACUGGUAAAUGAUAUGUUACCACUCUUUGUGACCUUUAGCUUUCUAUGCAUCCAUUCAUUCUCCAAGUUCAGUGAAAAAUAUACCAAGUUCCUUGGUUGUAAAAAGUUUGUUCAUCUUAAUAUAAAACAAGCUCCUCUACAACA